GGAUAAUCCGCUUAUCUUAUCGGACCUUGAUCAGCUCCGCCGUAAGAAAAACAGAAAACCAUCAGUAGUGAAAAUGCCAAAAGUCAUGCAUGCCCAACCGCGAUAGCUUCAUCCCCGGAGCAAGGAUUUUUUCAUUUCUAUCAAUUUAUUUCUCGUUUCUUUGAUCAGCUGCAAUGUCUCGUCGGUCGCUGUUGAGUCCAUUACACACCUAUAUGCGCUUAUCUAUAGCACCUUUUGUUCCCUUGAAUCAUGUGAGACGUGCUUCACUCAACUCGGCCAUUGGUCGUGGCAUCCGCAAGACCCAGGGUUUAGAGGGCUCCCCUUCAUCGCGAAAUUCGUUUGACUCUGACUAUGAACGGCCUCAAAGGCAAAGAAGGGAGUCAAAGCCGUACAGAACGGAGAAGAGCCAACGCGGAGAAAGGGUUGAGGGUGACUUUGACGAAGAUGAGUUUAUUAGGACAGGGAACUUCCGUGCGUUGCCUCGUGAGCAUCAACGCUUCCAGAACAAUAGGAAGCCCAUGAGGAAUGGAAAUAUGGGGCGUAAUGAUCGUGAGAUUCGUGACAGACCUCAUGAAAAGCGCCUCCCUCGCCGAACAGAGACACCGAAACACCACCGUGCUACAGAGAAAGUACCAGAGCGGAUCAAGGAGAACGUCCAAGUCCCAGAUUCAAUUCCAUACACGACACCUGCAUCAGAAUUCGUUUAUGGAACCAGCGCGGUGGAGGCUGCCAUGCGCUGCGGCAGACGUCGCUUAUACAAACUGUAUCUGUACCAGGCUGCCGGUGAAGAACUGAACUCUUCUAAGGUUGCCCUGCGCAAACUUGCUCUUUCGAAAAAUAUCAAAGUUAAGAUGGCCUUCGCAGGAUGGGAUCGUCUUUUUGAUAAAAUGAGUUCUAGUCGGCCUCAUAAUGGUUGCAUCCUGGAAGCGUCUCCUUUGCCUAGGUUGCCUGUGAGGAGCUUGAGGAGCGUUUCAUCUGUGGAAGAGGACUGUUUCAGUGUGGAACUGGGCGUUCAGUCAAGAGAAGAAGCAUUGGUGAAUAGCACAAAUGACCGCAUUAAGAUUAAUCAUUGGCAACAAAGAAGAAGAUACCCCGUCGUUUUGUUACUGGACGGGAUUGUGGACCCUGGAAACCUGGGUGCCAUCAUUCGCUCCGCAUAUUACCUUGGAGUCGAUGCUAUUGUUUUCGCUGGUCGAAACUCGGCCCCUCUGUCUCCUGUGACAAUCAAAGCCUCGGCUGGAGCGGCCGAAAACAUGACUCUUCUCGAAGUGAGCAAUGAAGUAGAUUUCAUCCAGCGGUCGAAGGCCAAUGGAUGGAGAUUCUACGCCGCAGAUGCCCCAGGCCCAGCUUCCACAUAUGUGGACAACCUUUCUGCUGUGGAUGGUAAAGAUGGGGACCAUAGUGGCAACCAAUCGCCUUGCGUUAUCAUGAUGGGAAGCGAGGGAUCCGGAUUGAGUCGUCACAUCAAAUCGCAUGCGGACUCUAUCGUGAGUAUCCCUGGGGCUAGACUCGGCACGCCCCUUGGUGUCGAAGCUGAUCCUUCCAGAGUGGACAGUCUCAACGUGAGUGUGGCUGCGGCGCUGUUGAUGGAAAUGUUUCUGCGAGUACCACUUGCGGUGGCCGGUGUGCCUCUAAAGAAAUCUAGGUGAGCCUGGAACAGAAGGAAGAUCUAUAAAGUAUUUGUAAAUAUAUCACUUGUACAUUAGCAUAAUCCAACCCUAUAUACAAA